AUGCAGAGCAUUAAGUGUGUAGUGGUGGGCGACGGUGCUGUAGGGAAGACCUGUCUGCUCAUCUCGUACACAACUGGAGCCUUCCCUAAGGAAUACAUACCCACCGUGUUUGACAAUUACAGCAGCCAGGUACUGUGUAUGUGUUUGUUUGUGUAUGUAUGUGUUUUUACACCUGUGUGGGUGUGUGUGUUUAUACCUGCCUGCAUGUGUGUGUUCCCUGUGUGUGUCUGUUUACUUACCUGUGUGUGUCUACUUCCCUGUGUGUGCGUUUACGUCCCUGUGUGUGUCUUACACCUGUGUGUUUGUGUGUUCCAGGUGACAGUAGACGGGCGCUCCAUCAGUCUGAACCUGUGGGACACGGCGGGUCAGGAGGAGUACGACCGCCUGAGGACCCUGUCAUACCCUCAGACAAACAUCUUCAUCAUCUGCUUCUCCAUCUCCAGUCCCGCUUCAUAUGAGAACGUCAAACACAAGUGGCACCCAGAGGUCAGUGUGUGUGUGUUUGUCUGUGGGUUUAUUACAUGUUGUGUGUGUGUGCAUGCUUGCGUGUAAAUGUCUGUGUUUACACAUGUCAAAGGUUUGGACACACCUACUCAUUCAAGAGUUUUCUUUAUUUUUACUAUUUUCUACAUUGUAGAAUAAUAAUGAAGACAUCAGAACUAUGAAAUAAUACAUAUGGAAUCAUGUAGUAACCAAAAAAGUGUUAAACAAAUCAAAAUAUAUGUUAUAUUUGAGAUUCUUCAAAUAGCCACCCUUUGCCUUGAUGACAGCUUUGCACACUUUUUGCAUUCUCUCAACUAGCUUCAUGAGGUAGUCACCUGGAAUGCAUUUCAGUUAACAUGUGUGCCUUCUUAAAAGUUAAUUUGUGGAAUUUCUUUCCUUCUUAAUGCGUUUGAGCCAAUCAGUUGUGUUGUGACAAGGUAGGGGGUUAUACAGAAAAUAGCCCUAUGUGGUAAAAGACCAAAUCCAUAUUAUGGCAAGAACAGCUCAAAUAAGCAAAGAGAAACGACAGUCCAUCAUUACUUUAAGACAUGAAGGUCAGUCAAUACGGAAAGUUUCAAGAACUUUGAGAGUUUCUUCAAGUGCAGUCGCAAAAAACCAUCAAGCGCUAUGAUGAAACUGGCUCUCAUGAGGACCGCCACAGGAAUGGAAGACCCAGAGUUACCUCUGCUGCAGAGGAUAAGUUCAUUAGAGUUACCAGCUUCAGAAAUUGCAGCCCAAAUAAAUGCUUCACAGAGUUCAAGUAACAGACACAUCUCAACAUCAACUGUGUGAAUCAGGCCUUUAUGGUCAAAUUUCUGCAAAGAAACCACUACUAAAUGACACCAAUAAGGAGAAGAGACCUGCUUGGGCCAAGAAACACGAGCAAUGGACAUUAGACCGGUGGAAAUGUGUCCUUUGGUCUGGAGUCCAAAUUUGAGAUUUUUGGUUCAAACCGCUGUGCCUUUGUGAGACGCGGUGUGGGUAAACGGUGAUCUCCGCAUGUGUAUUUCACACCGUAAAGCAUGGAGGAGGUGGUGUGAUGGUGUGGGGGUGCUUUGCUGGUGACACUGUCUGUGAUUUAUUUAGAAUUCAAGGCACACUUAACCAGCAUGGCUACCACAGCAUUCUGCAGCGAUAUGCCAUCCCAUCUGAUUUGGGCUUAGUGGGACUAUAAUUUGUUUUUCAACAGGAAAAUGGCCCAACACACCUCCAGGCUGUGUAAGGGCUAUUUUACCAAGAAGGAGAGUGAUGGAGUGCUGCAUCAGAUGACCUGGCCUCCACAAUCCCCUGACCUCAACCCAAUUGAGAUGGUUUGGGAUGAGUCGGACCGCAGAGUGAAGAAAAAGCAGCCAACAAGUGCUCAGCAUAUGUGGGAACUCCUUCAAGACUGUUGGAAAAGCAUUCCAGGUGAAGCUGGUUGAGAGAAUGCCAAGAGUGUGCAAAGCUGUCAUCAAGGAAAAGGGUGGCUAUUUGAAGAAUCUCAAAUAUAAAAUAUAUUUUGAUUUGUUUAACACUUUUUUGGUGACUACAUGAUUUCAUAGUUUUGAUGUCUUCACUAUUAUUCUACAAUGUAAAAAAAUAGUAAAAAAUAAGGAAAAACCCUUGAAAAGUAGGUGUGUCCAAACAUUUGACUGGUACUGUAUGUGUGUGUGUGUACCCACAGGUGUCCCACCACUGCCCCGGUGUGCCUGUCCUCCUGGUAGGCACUAAGAGCGACCUGCGGAACGACGAGGAGACCCAGCGCAAGCUGAAGGAGCAGAGCCAAUCUCCUGUCACGCAUCACCAGGGGGCGGGGCUGGCCCGUCAGAUCCACGCCGCCCGCUACCUGGAGUGCUCCGCCCUCAACCAGGAUGGGAUCAAAGAGGUGUUUGCUGAAGCCGUCCGAGCCUUCCUCAACCCCCACCCCACCACCAGCAAGAGGUCCUGUAGACUACUGUAG